AUGACCAGGAACUGGUUGAUAGAUAGCUAUUGGGUGGCCUAUCCUCCUCCUUCAUCAUCACCAUCAUCAUCAUCAUCAUCAUCAUCAUCAUCAUCAUCAUCAUCAUCAUCAUCAUCAUCAUCAUCAUCAUCAUCAUCAUCAUCAUCAUCAUCAUCAUCAUCAUCAUCAUCAUCAUCAUCAUCAUCAUCAUCAUCAUCAUCAUCAUCAUCAUCAUCAUCAUCAUCAUCAUCAUCAUCAUCAUCAUCAUCAUCAUCAUCAUCAUCAUCAUCAUCAUCAUCAUCAUCAUCAUCAUCAUCAUCAUCAUCAUCAUCAUCAUCAUCAUCAUCAUCAUCAUCAUCAUCAUCAUCAUCAUCAUCAUCAUCAUCAUCAUCAUCAUCAUCAUCAUCAUCAUCAUCAUCAUCAUCAUCAUCAUCAUCAUCAUCAUCAUCAUCAUCAUCAUCAUCAUCAUCAUCAUCAUCAUCAUCAUCAUCAUCAUCAUCAUCAUCAUCAUCAUCAUCAUCAUCAUCAUCAUCAUCAUCAUCAUCAUCAUCAUCAUCAUCAUCAUCAUCAUCAUCAUCAUCAUCAUCAUCAUCAUCAUCAUCAUCAUCAUCAUCAUCAUCAUCAUCAUCAUCAUCAUCAUCAUCAUCAUCAUCAUCAUCAUCAUCAUCAUCAUCAUCAUCAUCAUCAUCAUCAUCAUCAUCAUCAUCAUCAUCAUCAUCAUCAUCAUCAUCAUCAUCAUCAUCAUCAUCAUCAUCAUCAUCAUCAUCAUCAUCAUCCAAAUCAUCAUCAUCAUCAUCAUCAUCAUCAUCAUCAUCAUCAUCAUCAUCAUCAUCAUCAUCAUCAUCAUCAUCAUCAUCAUCAUCAUCAUCAUCAUCAUCAUCAUCAUCAUCAUCAUCAUCAUCAUCAUCAUCAUCAUCAUCAUCAUCAUCAUCAUCAUCAUCAUCAUCAUCAUCAUCAUUAAUUCUCUUUCAAUUCACAAUCAUUUCAAUCAUCUAUUUACCGCCUAAAUUUUAUUAUUUUUAUUUUUUUUAUUAUUUAUUCGUUAUUAUGGUUACAUUUAUUACAUCAUAA